GCAGCGCGGCCCGGUUCUCCAAGGCACGCCGGAGCCUCUGCAGCUGACAGGGGCCGGCGAUCGCAGCCACACCAGGCGCGGGGCGGGGGGACAAGUCCUCUCCUUGCCCCACCGGGGGCUUUUUUUUUUUUUUUUUUUUUUUGGUGGGGAGGGUAAGACGGGUGCGGGUGCAGAUCUGAGGGUUCCCCCCGCCGGAGGGCCACCUCCUCGCCCCGCGGCCGCCGCUGGAAGAUGUCUCAAGAGAGGCCCACGUUCUACCGGCAGGAGCUGAACAAGACCAUCUGGGAGGUGCCCGAGCGUUACCAGAACCUGUCCCCCGUGGGCUCCGGUGCCUAUGGUUCCGUGUGCGCUGCGUUCGACACGAAAGCGGGGCUGCGCGUGGCCGUGAAGAAGCUCUCGCGGCCGUUCCAGUCCGUCAUUCACGCCAAAAGGACCUACCGAGAGCUGCGGCUGCUGAAGCACAUGCGGCACGAGAACGUGAUUGGUCUGCUGGACGUCUUCACGCCUGCACGGUCCCUGGAGGAAUUCAACGAUGUGUACCUGGUGACCCAUCUCAUGGGGGCAGAUCUGAACAACAUUGUGAAAUGUCAGAAGCUCACUGAUGACCACGUCCAGUUCCUUAUCUACCAGAUCCUCCGAGGCCUGAAGUACAUCCAUUCGGCGGAUAUAAUUCACAGGGACCUAAAGCCCAGCAACCUGGCUGUAAAUGAAGACUGUGAGCUGAAGAUUCUGGACUUCGGGCUGGCUCGGCAUACUGACGAUGAGAUGACCGGCUACGUGGCCACGAGGUGGUACAGGGCUCCCGAGAUCAUGCUGAACUGGAUGCACUACAACCAGACAGUGGAUAUUUGGUCAGUGGGAUGCAUCAUGGCCGAGCUGCUGACUGGAAGAACCUUGUUUCCUGGUACAGACCAUAUUGAUCAGUUGAAGCUCAUUUUAAGACUCGUUGGAACCCCAGGGGCUGAGCUUUUGAAGAAAAUCUCCUCAGAGUCUGCAAGAAACUACAUUCAGUCUCUGACCCAGAUGCCGAAGAUGAACUUUGCAAAUGUAUUUAUUGGUGCCAAUCCCCUCGCUGUGGACUUGCUGGAGAAGAUGCUGGUGUUGGACUCAGAUAAGAGGAUCACGGCGGCCCAGGCCCUUGCACAUGCCUACUUUGCCCAGUACCAUGAUCCUGACGAUGAGCCAGUGGCCGAUCCCUAUGACCAGUCCUUUGAAAGCAGGGACCUCCUUAUAGAUGAGUGGAAGAGCCUGACCUACGAUGAAGUCAUCAGCUUCGUGCCGCCUCCGCUCGACCAGGAAGAGAUGGAGUCCUGAGCAGCCGGCGGCUUCUGCCGGUCCCGCGUCACUGUGAGGGGAAGGCCUCUCCAUGGGAACUCUCCAAAUAUCAUUCAAGUGCCUCUUGUUGAAAGAUUCCUCCAUGGGGGAAGGGGUGCACGUGUGCAUGUGGAUUGCGUGCGUGCGAAUGUGUGUGUGUCUGUCUGUCUGUCUCUCUUUGUGAACAGUCAUGAGCAUACUAUGAGCUGUGGUCACAGUGACUUCACACAGAGCUGCGGCUGCUCCGUGGCGGCCCCUGCGCUUGCCCUCCCAGUUGGUGCAGGCCGACGCCAGCUGCCCUUUUGUUCAGCGCCCCCAACCCCAGCAACUACCUUCGCCACCUCGGCGGUUCCCGUGUCUCCGCUUUGACCACGCAGCACAGCGACACAGGCCAGCUCCGCGCGUGACCUGCUGAGCACGGGCCUCGGAGCGCAACAGGUGUGUUUGAAACUGUAACUCUGUUUGUGCCUUAAAAGGAGAGAAGGGUGGUUUCCAAACCACAGCUGGUGGCAUUCUGAGCCGGGCAAGGGCACAGGGCUGUCGGACAGUCACUUGAGAGCCUGAAGAAGCGAGGCAGCCCUCGGGGGCAGCCAGGUGUGCCUGUGUGUGUGUGUGUCUGUGUGUCUGUGCACGCGCCCCCAGCCCAGGAGUGGGCGCUGUCUCUGCUGACCCCCAUCGCCGAGGUUCCACGGCCGCGCGCUUCCGUGUUUCUAUCUGCAGCCCUCGUCCUCUUCUCUUCCACAAGCCCUGGGCCAGGCGAGGGUGCCCAUGACUUCGUGGGCACUUCCGAUGUGCAUCGCCUCUGACGAGGCUGCAGGCAGGUGUCCAGCCUCUGGGCCCAGCGCUCCUCUGUUGAACACAGGUGAAACCCCAGGUGCUUUUGCUGUGAAGCCAUGAAGAGAUAUGGAGCAGGAUGACCGCGUCUCACUCUUGCCAUUGGAUUUUUCAGUAAACUUUUUUUGGGGGGAGCAAGCAUGGGAAAGUCAGGGCCUUUCCCAAGGGAGCCCCAACCUCGGAAAUCCACUUGUUCUCUUAACUUCCAAUAACCAGCGCUAAGAAAUGCUGAAAGUCAAGGUGAAAAACAAAAGCUUAUGAGGCUGGAAACUCCCUUUUCUCCAAAUAUGACUGUUUGGAAACAAAAAAGGUCACAAGGUGUCUUUUCCUCUGGGGGGAGAAAAGAUCAUUUUGGCAGCUUCACACUGAUUGAUUUCUUGGUCUGGGUUUGGGGAGAAAAUUUCGUCUCAGAAUUUUGUAUAUUGUAGGAAUCCUUUGAAAAUAUGGUUCCUUCUGAUGGGGAGAAAGGGCAAAUUAUUUUAGUAUUUUGUAAUUUCACCUUUGUAAAGAUGAAAUAUCCUCAGGGGUGGAGAAUUGUUUGCAUAAUUUUCUGAAUUUCAGGCAUUUUGUGGUGUGCGAGGGCCCAUACAUUUAAGCCUUUUGUGUCAUAAGAAAGUGUUAAGCCAAUUCCAGUGUUGUUGGCUAUGUGACAAAACUUGUAUGUAGACCAAGGUGUCUCCACUCGAUGUGAGCACAGUGAAGCCCAGGCUCGUCAGCUAGAGCUCCAGGGAAGCAGGCUGAUGAAGCCACCUCACCUCCGUUUCUGUCACCUUGAAGGAAAGGGAGUGGAAAGGCCUCAUCUCCUUGAUAUGCAAUUCAAACCCUCACCGUCCGCAGCAAGAUGAAUUCUGUCAGCCAUGUCUGGUUAUGAAUGCGAGUGUGAUUGCCUGCAGAAAGACUGCUCCGAAUAUUUUAUUGAAAGAAGUCUUUGCACAUGUGACCAUAUUGUGUUAGGAGCCACGUGCUUGGGAGCCUGGACUCUUAAGCUGGAGCGUGCCGAAGAGCUCCCCGUCUCUCUGAACAAGGAGACCAGGGUGAGAGGAAACUGCUAUCUUGUUUGUAUUCAUGAACUUGGCUAUAAUCAGGUAUGCCAUAGGAUGUCAAAUAAUACCACUGGUUAAAAUAAAGCCUAUUUUUCAAAUUCA